CCUAAACAACUCUUAUAUCAAAAUGAACGUUACAUUACAACUCAUUGUAUGUGAACGACCGAUAGUCGUACGUGACGUGGACUAUGAUCUUAAAACAUGAUGCUAGAGAAACUUGAUUUUACACGGUUCUUUUCAUAUUUUUCCUAAUUAGUGAUAAAUUGUUUUGGCAAUAACUUAAGAAGUUUCGGGAAGUACCAUUACGAUUCUAAUUUGUAGCUUAUGAUUUUUUUUGGAGCUUCAGUAUUACUUUACACGUCAAGCAAGAAGGAUAUUAAAAAAUGGAGAUAAACACAAAAGAUGUAACGGAAAAGAAAUAUGUAAUAAAGUUUGUUUGGCCAAUGGUGAUGAUGGCUUUGUUCAUUGUUAUUGGAGUUACAAUAGGAAUUUAUUGUAUGACCUUUAAAGAUGUUCGUGGACCUACUUAUAUAUUUACAUUUGGAGCCUUCAUAGUUGGUGGUCUUGGACUAGGACCUGGAGCUCAUCGCUAUUUUUGCCAUCGAUCCUUUAAAACUAAUCGAGCAGUAAAAAUAUUCUUGAUUUUUUGUCAGCAAUUAUCAGGAAUUAGAACAGUAAGCAUGUGGGUCAGAGUUCAUAGAACUCAUCAUAAAUUUGCUGAUACAGACAAAGAUCCUACGAGUAUGAAGUAUGGCUUACUUCAUGCAGCUAUUGGUUGGUUUUUAAUUGAACAAACACCUGAAUGUAAAAGAGAAUUGGAAAGAAUUUAUAUGGAUGAUAUAACGGCUGACAGCGACUUGAACUUUCAACUUAAAUAUUAUCCAAUACUUUAUGUUUUAAUAACUAUAGCACUUCCCACAAUAAUUCCAUAUUACUUCUGGAAUGAAACAAUACUAAUUGGAUUUGGAUUAAAUAUGAUUAGGUAUGGACUUAAUAUCUAUCAACAAAUAGUUGGAAACAGCUUUUUGCACUGGAAUGGAAGAAAGCCUUAUGACAAAACAGGAACAUCAAUUGACAAUGAUUUUUACAAUUUAAUUACACUUGGCGAAGGAUAUCACAAUUUUCAUCAUGCAUUUCCGUUUGAUUAUAGGGCCAAUGAGCUCUUUGGGAUUGCACACAUCACAUCAUUAUCAAGUCUUUUUAUUAAUCUUCUGGCAUUUUUCGGAUUAAUCUAUGACAGAAAAUUUGCACCUCGACACAUGAUAGCAAGAAGGGUUGCAAGAACAGGAGAUGGAAGCCAUAUUUUGUCAAGUACUUAUUUGAAAGAAAGUAAAUUAUGGGAUUAUGGUGAUCCUGAUAUUAAUCCGGAUGAUGAAAAAGACAUGAAAAAUGGGAAGUUAUAAAAACAAAGAAUUAUUGUAGAAGUCUGUAGUCAAAAUAAAAUUAAUUAGAGUGC